AAAUAUUGUGAGAAUUUGUGUAUUUGUUUAUUUUUUACUUUUCUUAAAAUUAUGUGAGUUUUAUAAAUAUUAAAUAAAAAAUAUGGACACUACUGGAAAGUUAGAAAAGGUAUUCAUGUUAUAUUUUUCAAUUGAGAAAUUAUCCAAAAUAUAAUUCUGUAGCAUGGCUUUUGUUAUUCUUAGAGCCAUAUUACUUGUUAAAAUUGUCUUACAAAACUAAUAAACAAUACUUGUUAAUACCUAGUUACUGAUUUUACUACUUUUGUCAUGUAUCUGAUAUUGAAUUUCAUAAAAAUAAUAUUAUCUACCUAAUUAAAAAUGUAUAAUAUUGUCCAAUUAUUUAUUAUUAUUUUUAAAGUCAACACAAAUUGUGUGCAUAUACCACAAAUAGUUAAAUAUUUUAUACAAUUUAUUAGGAACGUCAGAAUUUAGAUGCACUUAAAGAACAAGUGCAGCGGAAUAGCCAACUGUCUGAGAAAAUGGUUGAUAUUUUAACAUCAUUCGAAAGUAGACUUGGUAGACUCCAACAAACUAUUCUUCCAAUUUAUAAUGAAAUGGAAAAUUUACAACUGAAAAAAACAAGUAUUCUACCUGGUUUUAUUUGAUUGUGCUUGAUAGAUAAUAAACGUUUUUUUUUUUUUUUAUAAAUUUUAGAUAUAGAAAAGACAAUGGUGGAAUUGGAUAAAGUAAUUAUGUUCCAUGAUGUUUGUCCAAGAGUUGAAUCCAUUAUAUUAGGUAGGCCAAAUGGGUCAGACAGUUUGAAUGAGUUUUUGGAUGCUAUGGAAAGACUACAGGAAGCUCAGAAAUAUUUUGAAAAAAACAAUCCUCAGAGUGUUGAACUUGAAAAUGUGGUAUGUAAAAUGGUCUUUGCAUUAAGUAUAAAAGAUAAUCUAUGUUUAUUAAAAAAUUAAUUUGAGUAUCUUUAAAUAUUCAGGGGCUUUUUUACAGUAAGAUAUAUACGAGGGCUAAUCAAAAAGUAUUGAGACUGAUAAUAUUGCUCGGAAACCGAGCGUUGAAGAGCAAAAUGAUUUGUAAACCUAGGUUCUAUGACUCAUACUGAGCACAUCUAUUCAUAUAAAAUCUCUAUAAACUUCUUCGUUUUGAUUUGACAAUAUUUUUCUAAAAUUUGUCAUUUUCAGUUUUUCAAUUGACAUUUAAUGGCAAAAACCAUGAAAUUUUGCAUCCCUCUGAAACUGGAAAAAAAUACCAGACAACUUUUCUAAAAUCUCCAAAUCUGUCAAGUUACUCCUCUUUUGGGUUUAUUACAAAAUCGCCAAACUCGAAAAAUAUAUUUUACAAAAAUAUCAGUGAAAUCAAACCAAAGAAUUUUAUAGAGAAGCAAUAAAAACAAAGAUACUCAGAAAAAGUUAUAGAAGCAAGUGAUACCAAUCCUACUGCUCUUCGAUGCUCCUUUUCUGAAUGAUACUACCAAUCUUGAUACUUUUUGAUUAGCCCUCGUAUGUUUGUAUAAUAAAUAAUAAUAUACAAAUGAUAUUUUAAAAAAAAACUGUUUUAUUUUAUUAAUUACAGUCAUCACUGUUUAAAACUGGAGGAGACAGUAUUCAAAGGGAAUUUAAAGAAAUUCUUUUAAAACAUAGUAGACACGUUCAACCUGCCAUUUUGCUCGACUUAGCUACAAAUGAUGAUGGUUAGUUACAAUAAUUUUUAACAUGUUUUGUUCAUGUUAAUUCAAUUUUUAUCAUGAUUGUGUAGAGUUGAUUACCGAUGAUUCCUCAUCUGUGAGUUCUAUUAGUCAUUUUUCGGACACUGUUUCUACGGAUCUCAUUCGCUUAGCUGAUUGGUUAAUCAGUCAAUCUCGUGAUGAAUACAUGAAUAUGUACGCUAGAGUACGAGCAAACACUCUUACUAAGUCAAUGACUUCUCUUAAAGAAUACCAGAAAACUGGAAGUGCAGGAAGUACUAAUAUGGUUAUGGGACAGACUUUAAAUUCACCUUCAGUGGUAUGUUUAAAAAUCAAUUAUGUUGGUUAGGGUAAUGAUGCAUUUAAAAACGUAUUUUUUUUCUUUGCUCUAGAAGUCCAAAUUUCCUCAUAGAUCUGAUGUAACUGUUACUAGAAAAGCUUCCAAACGUAUACAGCACGUGUAAGUUUCUUCGUGUAUAAAUGUCAUUAUAGACUUAUUAAUGUUCUAAUAAAUAACAUUAAAUAUUUACUAUUUCAGAUUCGAAAAAAAAGCCAACCGAAUGUUAAUGAAAGCAUCUCAAACUAUAGGCCAGUCAACCGGUUUGAAUUUGGGGAAUAGAAGACCUACACUUAUAGGUAGGUAAUGAUUAUCUCACAAUUUUGUUUGUUUGUCAAAUUUGGUACUAAACAUAAAUAAUCUAUUAACACACAUACAUAAAAUUCACAGAAAACCGUGAAGAUAUUGUUGAUGAACAAGAAAUGGAAAACUAUCUGAUAUCGGUAAUUGCUCUUCAGAAACUCAUGCAAGCAGAAUUGUCUUUGAUGGUUGGUAUAAUACCGAUAAAACAUCACCAUCAAGUUUUUCAAAUAAUUAUUCAAGAAAGUCUUUCUAAUAUUGUUCAUGAAGGAGAGGUAUUCUUAAUUUUUGUAUUUAUAUACUUCAGAAACACAUAGUUUUAUGAUUUAUUUUGUUUUUUAUAUAAAAUUAUUUAUUGAUAAAAUAAUAAAUAUAUAUUAAAUAACUAUCUUUUGAUUGCAGAAUAUUGCAACUAGAGCUAAAAGGUGUAUACAUAGAAAAGAAUUUGCCAAUUUGUUUGUUAUGUUUCCCAUUUUAAAACAUUUGGCCGCCAUGAAAUCUGAUUUUGAACGCACAAUGGAAGGCUGUGAUCCCACUGUCAGGGGUCAAUAUUCAAUGAUUCUUAAUACACUUCAUUCAACAGUUAGGAAAUUUAGUACUAUUAUUUUAUUUGACAAUUAAACAUUAUUAUUUUUCUCCUAUUCAGGGUACACGAACUUUAGAUGAAAUAAUCGAAAGUGUCAGAACUGACAAUUCUAUGGGUUUACCGAGAGAUGGUACAGUUUAUCAAUUGACUAGUGAUGUGCUUGUGUUGAUGGAACAACUUCUCGAUUAUAUAGAUAGUGUAGGUCCUCUAUUAGCUCAAGUGCCAUUGUAUAGCAAUAUGGUAGCGCAUCAUAUCACAACACCAGAAAGAUACAAAUAUCUUUUGGGAAUUUAUAUCAGUAAGAAACUAAUAUAAGCAUGUUCAUAAUAAACUAUCUAUUUCUAAAAUUAUUUUAAUUUGUUUACAGAGAAAGUAUUAUCUCAACUGAAUUUGAUGCUUGUAAAUAGAAGUGACUCGUACAGUGAACCUGGUGUCAAAUAUUUGUUUAGGUUAAACAAUUGUCACUAUGUAGUGAAGUCAUUACAACGAUCAGCUUUAUUAGAUAUAGUUUCUUUGACCGAUCCAGAAUGUGAAAAUACCUAUCAUGAGAUGAUUGCUUUACACAAAAAAUCAUAUCAACAAUGGUAUUUAUGUUGUUAUAAUUGAAUUACUCGUAUCUUUUUAAAUUUUAUGUUAUCGCACAUUUAAAUUUAAACUGUGUCUAUGAUUUUAGCUGGAAUAGAAUAUUAGGUUUCAUAACUAAUUUUGAGGAUGUUCUAGUUAUACAUGGCAAACUCAAGGAUAAGGAUCGUAACAUAAUUAAAGAACGAUUUUCUGUAAGUUUGUGCUUGUUGGAAAAUAUUUUGUUUACUUAAAGUUUUUAAAAAUAACAUCUCAAUAUUUGAAAAAUAUUACUACACAAUAUGAUAUUUUAUCGUAAUAAAUUAUUAAUAUGAUAUUCAAUACUGAUGUAGGCACUAAAAUCUGUUUCUUAAUAAAUUUUGUAGGGUUUUAACAAAGAAAUAGAAGAAAUAUUAAAACUUCAAAGAGGCUACACAAUUCCUGAUGUAGAAUUACGCGAAGGUUUGAAACGUGAUAAUAAAGAAUUCAUUUUACCAAAAUAUAGUGCUUUCUAUGACAAGUAAUAUAAGACUUAAUGCAAUAUUUCUAUUUUGAAUUAUAAAUCAAUAAAACUUGUUUUUAGAUUUUCGCAGACGUCGUUUACUAAGAACCCAGAGAAAUAUGUCAAGUAUACUCCAGCUCAAGUUUCUGCUAUGUUAGACAGAUUCUUUGAUGUUGCAGCUUGAAAAUCACUGCCACCUAAUAUUGCAUAUUAUAUUAGAUAGUAUUAUUUUAUAAUUGUUUAUAUAUUUUUAUAUUUUUAUUAAAAAUGUAUCCAUUUUGGUGAUUUAACUGUUAUAUACUUUAACCAUUAAUUUAUUUAAAUUUCUUGAACAAUUUUAUAAUUAUACAUAGAAAUAAAUUAAAAACAGCAGACUGAUCAAAUUGUCAUAAGUACAGCUUGUUUACAGUAAUAGGUGUUCAUUAUUCAUUUAUCGUAAUUAUAAUAUGUUAUAUUUUUUAAUCAACUAUUGAAAUUUAUUAUUUAUGUAUGUUAUUUUUAUAAAACUAUUAUUGUUAUUUAAAUAAUUAAAAUGCAAAUUAUAUUUUUAUAUUAAUAAUAAUACAGUUUUUUUUCAGUUAACAUAAAGUAAAAUAUAAGAUACAGAUUAUAUAACAAAUUUAAAACUGAAGUUAUUAGUAAAAUGCAAGGUAUGUCACAUUCAGGUAUUUAAUUUCAAUGAAAUAAAUGCUGUAUAGAUAAUAUAAUAUUUUAGGAUAUUACAAGGAAAUGGAGAAAUGGAGAAUUAGAAAAAACAAUGAAUUAUACAAACUCUUCUAGAAACCAAACAUUAGGUACAAUCCAGAGUAGGAGAUUACAGUGAAUUCAUAUAGAAUAAAAAAACCCACUAUUGCACAUAGUAAUGACAAAGAACUCAAAAGGAAAAAGGACUUCUUGAAUAUACCCUUUUAAUUUGUGAAAACGUGGUAAAGAAAGAUAUAAAAUCUCUAAAUUGAGAUUCAGACUGGAAAGCAAGAGCAGCUGAUAGGGAGAAUCAGAGGAUAAGUUGUGUAAUGGGAUGGUUCUAAUAGCUGAUAACACCCAAUAACAAGAAAAGAUAGUAUAAAUGCUUAAUUAAUUCUUUAGCUAAAUAAACUGACUAAUUAAUUAUUAAUUACCACAUUAUAUUACUACAUUCAGAUGACAAAUGGAAAACUAUGGACUCCAAAAUCUGUUUGUUGUUGUAAACUCGCUGUACCUUUUUGAGAGAAAAAAAAAUGCUUAAUGUUUUGUUUUAGAUUAAUCUAGAUUAAUGGCUUAGCUGAUUAAUUUGUGUUAUAAAAUUAAUCACCUGGAUUUUUUAUUUAGUUUAUUGCAGACAAAAUAAAAAAAAUUGUUAAACAACUGGUAACUCUGGAAAUUCAUGUAUAAUUGUAAUCUCAUAGUAUCAAACCAGGGCUCGAAUUUUAGAGCUCUUAAAAUCCAUAAACAAUUUCUUAAAACUUCAAAAAUAGCACUUAAAAAAUAUUUUUAAUGAGUAAAAAUUGUAGAGACUAUAAAAUUCCCCCCCCCCCUCUAAAGCCUCAAUUUAUAAAAUACUAUUUUCUAUAACU